AGUAAAAAUGUACUAUUAAAGUAAAAACAUAUUCAUACCUUUGAACCUCAACAGGUAUUAGACGGGAACUAACACUGGAUAAACAGCAAAAUACAGACAUGUAAAGGUAUACACGUGACAUUUCAGUAAGGAAGUAAAAUACCUCUCAAGAUCAGCAAGCUCCAAAAGUGGUACAUAAACAGUAAACACCGGAUAAUAGGUCUACAAUACGCUGCCUCUUCAAUGUGAAAGCCUGUCUUCAUAAAUGGCGGAAAGUAUAUAUGAUGAUAUCGGCAAUAACUACUCAAAGAGAUGUGAGAGAUGUGGGAAAGGCUAUUUUGGUGUUAUGAAUUCCCAACAUUGGCUGUGCUAUGAUUACUAUGUGGUAUCAGCACCAGAACCUCGUAAUAAGAGGAAUGAGGAUAUAGAUGAAUUUCUGACUGAGAAAGUUAUCAAGCCACUUGAAACUCAAGGAUAUAACUGUUUCCAUGGCUGCAGAGAUCUGAUUGGAGGCCAACUAAUCCUUGAAGCCUUGAGUGAACCAAUGAUCAACAUCCCUACAACUAUUGUACCGAUCUAUAAUGACAAUAAAUUUACAAAAUUGUGGAAUUUACUUUUCAGACCAGGCCUACAAAAAAGAAUUGUAUUCAUUUUAUUUGAUUCAGCAAAAAUCCCUUGUAUUUUGGACUCAAGUAAUCUUUUCUCACUAAAGUCAAGCGACAGUGACCUAGUGAACAGAAUAAGUAAAACAAUAAACGCCAAUAAAAUUCGGAACCCACACAGCAUUUCAGAAACGACGUCUGAUUGUUUGUCAGAAAGUCACAGAAAUGACCAUGCCAGGCACCCCACAGAAAUGGAGUCACAUGGAUUUUCUCUUCAUCCUCAAGGCCAUAAGUACCAUGUCAGACAUCCCACAGAAAUGGAGACACAUGGAUUCUCUUUUCAUCCUGCAGGCCAUAAACAUCAGUCAAGAUGGCAGACUGGAAAAACAACUUUUGAAGAAUCUACAGAUUUGGAAGUCCAUCUACACAGUAUCACAGACCAAACAUCACCCAAUGACCUGGUUGGUCUUUGUAAGCACAAGGACAAGAAGAUUAGACAUUUUGCCGCAAAGACUUUAACUAAAGUAAUUCAAAAAGAUAUAACAGCAUUUUAUCAAAAUUAUGAUAUAAGAAGAUUUGAAAAGGAAGCCAGAGACUUUAUACAGAAAGAACAUGCUUAUCACACUGACUUGUACAGCAAUUUCCAGAAACUGUAUUUUUGGAUCUCUGCAGCUAUCUUUCUGAGAAUAUACAAAUGCAAAGAUCCAAGCCUGAAAGCUUACGUGAAAACUUUGUCAUUGAAAAAGUAUAAGAACAGCCAGAAUAAAUUUGACCAAAUGUGCCAGAAAAUAUACUAUAAACUUAGUGUUUCAUUACACGCUAGGAUAAAAAAGAAUUGGCCAAACCAAUCUGAUGAAAAUGAACUUAGUAUAAAACAGCUGGACAUUUGUAUUUCUCUGAUCGAUCAACAAGCUUCUUCUACCAGUGCCCAAACGUAUGAUGUAAAUAAAAUCAUGAAAAGCAUAAGACACCUGCCUUGGGAUCUAAAACAUAUUUUUUUCGGGAUCAUUACCGACAAGAUUCUUAAGAAAAAUUCUGUGGAAUCGAGCAACAUUUUCCAGGAAAUAUGCAAUAUGACUGGUAAAAAACACAGAGGAAUUAUUCUAGGUUUUAUUGAACGUAUCACUGAGUACAUCCAGAAAAGCUUCACAGCAAGAGAAUCUCUGGACAGAUGUUUGAGUUUUCUAUUGACUAUUUGGAAGAUUGAGAACAAAAAGGAUGAUAAGCUAAUGGCAAUUAUGAUAUAUUUCUUGCCAAAACUUGUGUAUCAUCCCUUAAGUAAAGUCAGGGAGCUCAUAGCCUCAUUGAUUUUCAGCGGAGAUUGGAACAGGAUUGACAUUUGCCAGUUGGGAAGUACAUGUAUCCUAGUUGAUGAAGAACUUGCUGAGAGAUGCUUUCGAGAGAAAAUAUCAGAAGACUACCCUGAUCUGAUCAUUAAACAACAAGUACAGACAGCUCAGAAUGCCUUAGUAUUUCAGGUGGAAACCAAAGAGGGAAGUUCCUUGUUAUACAUGUGUAAACAAAAAUCAUUAAAUGAUAUUCUCCAAACAAAUACAACAGAUGACAGUUAUGAAAGCUUCCAAAGAAUGGCAAGUGUUAUAGAAACAUGCCAAGAAAACGAGUAUAUUGUGGGACUGCGUCAACUGAAUUCAGGUGGCACACCUCCUUUUUAUGUGGUUGAAUAUGGCGAGCCUUUGUUAGACUUUCUGCACAGGAAGGAAAACCAACUAACAAUGUUAAAAGUGGCCGAUAUCCUCAUUGACAUUACCAGAGCAAUCCAUCAAUGUCAUAGCAAAUCUCUUGUCCUCUGUGACAUCACUCCUGCCAGCUUUGAAGUUUUUCACAGAACAGAUGGAUCAAUUCAAAUUAGACUUGCUCAUUUUCAGCAUGCAAACUUUGUUGGGGACGAAAAGUCUGUUGAUAGUGCAGAUGGUUAUGAAGCAUCUGAAAGUUUCCCCUACAUUCAAGGUGAAAGUACAGAAGCAGUAGCUGUUUACUUCAGUGCACCGGAAACACUUAAACAUAAACAGUUUUCUCAAUAUUCAGACAUGUGGAUGACAGCUGCAACAUUUUAUUCAAUUAUUCUUUACGGCAAACGACCAUUUGAAGAACUGGCACAUCUCAGCACGUCCCAGUUUGUGAAAGAGAUAAUAUCAAACCACAGAGUGGAAAUACCAAAUCUCUUUCCUCCAGAUCUGUGGGACAUAUUGUCAGCUAAUUUUAUUUCCAAUAUCAGCGAACGGAAGUUAACAGAAACAUUGCUGCAGGAUCUGGAAAACUAUAAGAGUAAUUUGGGAGACCAGCAAAAGAGGAUGUAUACAGCCAGAUCUGUAUGCUAUUUGCUGAAUCCAGAAGAUAUUAAGAGGGGUUUCCUGGAUGAAAAAGGUAAUUUCAUUCAAGAAGAUAUAAAAGAACCAAAGCAGCUCAAUUACAGGGAUGAAUUUAAAAAACGGAGUUUCAUGGAUGAUAAAGAUCUCUAUAGCCAGGAAGAAGUUAAAGAAGCAGUGCAGGUCAUGUACAGGGAUCAAUUUAAAACACGGAAUAACCGUCUUCACGAGAAUGUUUCAAUGAGAAUGAGCAAACGCACCAGGAUCAAGCUGAAAAGAAUAAAUCAUAAAAACAUUUUGGGAGUAGAGAAGAUUUUGAAUCAUUAUUAUACAACUUAUCUGGCUUCUUUACCUUUGAGAACGCACGGCUCUACUUUGGAUACAGUAAUUGCAGAUGCUGGUAUUUCCAGAUUUCUAUCUUACUUUCAGCAGAUUACCAGUGCUUUGCAACAUCUUCAUUCCGAAAAUAUUUUGCACUGUGAUUUGCGCUGCAAAUACAUAUAUGUCAAUCCAGAGGCUGGGACUUUGAAAGUGGGUCACUUUGGACGAGCUGUUGACUUGGAAAGCAAUCAGACAAGAUUCGUUAUCAAAAAGAUGCCCUUAGAUGCAGAAAAAUGGUCAGCUCCAGAAGUGAGAGCUAAUGGGCUAUAUUCUGUUGCUUCUGAUGUUUUUAACUUUGGAUCAGUGUACUGGGAGGCAGUACAGAUUCAGGAAAAGAAUGCCAGAUAUGUAGAAUACCCAGAGGAAAGAAAAGAUUGCAUCCGGCAGCUUACAGACUGCAUUAAGCAUUGCUUUGAUAGUAAUCCACAAAAGAGGCCUCUGCUCACAGCUAUCAUAGAUAAUAUUACAAAUCUUCAGAGUGAAUAUCAGAGUUUUUCCAGCAAUGAUGAAGCUGCUAUAAGUUUACCUUCCAGAGAAUAUGACGAAGUGGCAAACAACGAAGAGGACUACGAUUCAAUAUAUGAAGUUCCCAAAAACUUUUCUGAGGUUUAUUCCUCUUCUAAUCCAUGGCCAAAAUUAAUAGUGGAGCUUAUUUUGAGAGGAAAAAUUUCCAGAAAUAACAGCCCACUUGGUAGCCGAAGGGAGACAGCUAUUUAUUUAAGUUAUGAAGAUGUAGGUUUGAUGUAAGAAAAUAAAAUGUUUUUUGUUUUUACUGAAUUUUGCUGAAUUACUGCAUACUGUCAAAUUUUGACAAAUAAAUUACUCUUUCCUGUUCAAGGAGAAUUAAUGUUAUUUAAACAAUAAAAUUAUUUUAAAGAA